CUUGGACAUUACAGGUCCAAAUGAAAAUGAAAGCCAGUGGACAUAAAAAGGCCCCCAAGAUGGGCUGUAGGAUCAAACAUUGCCUUCUUGGACAGACAGGCAGAUACCCCACUAAUCAGAGAUUCUCAAGAUGCGUCUGUGUGGUAAGAAAUGAGAAAUUAUUUGUGAUAUUUCUUUAUAUUUCUAGCUUUUCCUUGCUUCGGUCCUGAAGAUAGUCCAGGGUGAGAUUUAUUGGGGCACUGUGUAGUGCAGGCAAGGGAUGAGACACGAAGGCUGGCUGUGUCAAUGGCAGGAAGAGGCUUGCCAGGGCCAGCUCUAGCAUUAGCUAGGGUGAGGCAAAGCAGCUCAGGUGGCAGGUUUUAUAGUACUACUAACGGAGAAGCCUCCACUUUGAGACCCUUUGCCUUGGAGCCUGAAGGCAAAUGGCUAUGUAACUUGGAUGUGGGUCACAGCCGCACCAUGCCUUUAAAGCAGUUUCGUACCACUUCGACUAUCAUGUAUUCUCCAAAGAAUCUUGGGGAACUGUAGUUUGUUAAGGAUUCUGGACACUAUAGCUCUGUGAAGGGUAAAUUACAGUUCUCAAGAUUCUUGGGGGAAGCCAUGACUCUUAAAGCAGCACUAAUGUGCUUUAAAUGGCUAGUGUGUGGCCGUGUUAAGGAAAUUUGAGUUUGGCUCCCCCUUGGGUGUGAAACUGCUCAAGAGGCAUUCAUGAAUAUCAAUUCUCAAGUUUCACGGCAGAGAGGGAAGGGGGCAUAAGCAGUCAUAAUAAAACAAACGGCUUAUAUUUUACUCUGGAACAGAGGUUCCUAAAGUGGAUAGUAUUACCUGGGGUGCUAAGAGACAAGGAGACAGCAGGGGGGUGCUGGAGGUGUGAGGGGAGCAGGUGGUGCUGUGGUCUAAACCACUGACCCUUUUGGGUCGAAUCUGUGGAAUGGGGUGAGCUCCCAUUGCUCUGUCCCAGCUCUUGCCAACCUAGCCGUUCAAAAGCAUACAAGUGCAAGCAGAUAAAUAGGUACCAUUGUGGCAGGAAGGUAAAUGGCAUUUUCAUGCGCUCUAGCUCCCAUCACGGUGUCCCAUUGCACCAAAAGCGGUUUGGUCAUGUUGGCCACAUGACCCUGAAAGCUGUCUUAGGACAAAUGCAGGCUCCCUCAGCCUGAAAGCAAGAUAAGCGCCACAACCCCAUUGUCGCCUUUGACUGGAUUUAACCAUCCAGGGGUCCUUUACCUUUACCAUUACCGUUAACUGACCGUGAAGCUUUGAAAAGCUGGUAUCACUGGAUCAAGCUCAUCAGUUUUGUUGAAUUAAUUACAUUAAAUAGUUCUAACUGGAUUUUUAUUAAAUGUGUAAUUGUUUGUUACUGUUUUGAAGUUUAUUGUGUUAUGAUCUUCCUUAGUGGGCCAAGCAAAGCACUAUUCUGAAUAAUGCUUUUUAUAGGGUAGGGGGCAGUGGGGAGGAGUUUAUGGAAGUAAGGAGGGUUCCUCAAAAAAGUUUGGGAACCACUGCUCUGAGGGAUGAGGGGAGGGCCAUUUGUAGGAUAGCCAUGUGUGUCCUACUUCGCAGUCCUCUAUUUUGAAGGGCUGUCAGACAGUCCUCUGUUUGAAGGUAUUCCAUAUUUGAGGACUGUCCAGCCUAAGUCCAGUUCUGUAACUAUACAUAUAAAUUACCAUUUGCAAAUGUUAAGCAAAUUGGUGUCACCUUUCACCCCUUUAUUUUUGGCAAUGCAUUACUGGCCACCCCAGGCAUUUGGAUUUUCUACUUUAAGUACCAACAUGCCCUGGACCACUUCUAGACACCUUUGUUGAUGGAUUCAAUACACUGUAGUCCAGGUUUGGGAAUCCUGUGGCCCCUCAGACCUUGCUGGACUACAACUCCAUCAUCUCUGACCGUUGGCCAAAGGUUCCCCACCUGUACUCUAAAGGAGCCUGAGACGCUGUUCUAUUUUGUCUUGAAAUCAAAUCUCUGAGGUUGUUUAGGUCUGAGGGAUCAAUGGCUCGCCAUUCCAUGCUUUCCCUUACUGGUAAACAUAACCUCCAAAUCUACUGAAAAAACCUCAAAGUGGCCAGCGAAAUUCCCCUCACAUGGGUUUCCCCUCUCCAGAUGGUGAGGUCACGCUGUGUGACAGGCCUGCAAACCAAAUUUGGGAGCACGUGUGUUUGCUAAGGUCCUGUGACAGGAAUCGUAGGAGCCAAAAUGGUGUUGUUUUAAUCAGUGGUACUGUUGGGUAAUUUUUGACUCUGGGUUGAAUGGUUGAGCGGGGCAGGACUCUUACGAUGGUACUGCUGUGUAUUCAAAACAUGGUAAGCUGCACUGCAUUUGUAGACUUUCCUGCUCAUUCUGCCAAAGUGGCUCUAGAUAUCUGCCUCAAAAUUGUACCUUGAUGGUACCACCCAUUGCUCCCUAUGGACAAACUGAGGCUUAUCUCACCACAAACCUAGCUCUGAAUAUUUGUCCCAAGAUCAGCAGGUAUCCAGCUCAACAAAUUUGCUGCCUUUCCCAUGUAAUGGCACCACCUUUCCCUUCUCCCCACAACUGUCUAGGUGCGACACUCCUUCUCCAAGCCGUCCUCAAUGUUGACCUUUUCAUUGCUGCCACCGCGGCUGGGCUUCAGGGAGAGAAUGACUCCAGUCUCAUCCCACAGUGGCGGCUGACUCUGCAGAAAGAAUUUGGCAUUAGCUUAAGACACUCCCAGCAACUUCUCUGCAAAAUACAGACUAUUUCACGUCGCUACGUAAGUCUGCUCGUCUUUCUAACUCCUCUGCGCACACAAUGUGACGGGCCUUGGGAUAGGAACUGGCUGGUUUCUGGAAGGGAAAGCUAACAGCUUCUUAGUUCAUUAGUUCUUUCCCCUUUCGCUGUUUAUCCAAUUAAUCAUGCAAUGGUUGAUGGGGAUAUCUGAAGGUUCUGACACAUGAAUAGUAGUGGAAAACUGAAAACCUGGAAAAUUCUGUGUCCUUAGUUAUUGCUGAUGGGAUCAAACAAUAAUCAAUCUGUUAUCUAUGAAGGCGCAGUAUAAAAUUAGUAACUUUAUGAGCAAUAGUUAAAUUUAUUUUUGGUAGUUCCUGCUAACAUUAUAAUGGAAUAAUUUUUUACAACUCUCAGCAAAUUUGGAGGAAAAGUGGAAAUAACAUAAUAAAUAAAUUUGAAUAACUUGCUUCUGUCUCUUCCCCCAUCUCAAGUAAGGUAUAUUUCUUAAGGCACAUCCACAGCAGCUGGUUGAAAAGUUGGCAACCCCACCUAGAGUCUUGGUCUUUUCUUUCUUUCUUUCCAGCUCUCUGAACGUCUGUCUGGAGUGCAGCCCACUUCUGUACGAAGCUCAGGGCAGCUUCCCUCAGUCAGCCUUGAUCUCCGCACGUGGCUUUCUCUUCCAGUAAGAAUAAUUAUUUAUUUGAAAAAUUCCUAUCCCGCUUUUCAUGCCCUCAGAGUAUGGCUUAAAAUGAUGAUAGAAAGCAAGUAACAACAUAAAUUGUGUUUAACAACAUUGUCAGUCUCUACAAGAGGUGGUAAAAGCCCUUGUGAACUACUCAAUGCCACCAAAAGCCUGAUAAAGCAAACAAAAUAUUUUGCUACCUGGUGCCUAAAAGAUAUGAAAUGUUGGCUUUGGGUGAGUUGAUAAGGAGAAGGAAUUCCGUCACUGAGGUGUCACCAGUGAAAAGGCCCUCUCCCUCCAGGACCCACUGACCUUGCCUCUGAAGGUGAGGUCACCUGGAGGCAGAUUCGCGGUCGUGGCUUCCCUCACAGAAUCUUGGAAAGUAAGGUUACAGGGAACCAGGCAGAGGGCCUUCUCGGUAGUGGCACCCACCCUGUGGAACACCUUCCCAUCAGAGGGCAAACAAAUAAACAACUAUAUGGCUUUCUGAAGACAAUCUGAAGGCAGCGCUGUAUCAAGAAGUUUUUAUUGCUUGAUGUUUAGUUGUGUUUUUAUAUUAUGAUGGAUGCCACCCAGAGUGGCUGGACAACUCAGUCAGAUGGGCAGGGUAUAAAUAAUGUUGUUGUUGUUGAUCAACUUGAGUGGGGGCAAUAUAGAUUGGGGAACUGGUGUUAGGAAGAAGGUUAAACACCCUUACCCUAAGUUAUCUCCUUGACCAGAUUAAUUAGACGCCUCUUUCUGUAGGCUGCAAUUUGUUAUUUGUUUUGAAGUAGGCUAUCCAUUAUCAAUUCCCCAGAUUAACAUGUAGUUUGGGCCUUAAUCAAUGAUUAGUAUUUUGGAUGGGAAGUUUUGGCAGAGCUUUGGGACACUCCAUAGCUGCCUGCUUUCGCCAGGGUUUCUUUCCACAUCUCAAAGGCAGGGAGGGAAGAGGCAGGGCACCUGGGUGCUCUUGACUAGUUUGAUUCCUAAUCCUGCCAUUUUCCCAGGAUGCCAAGCGCCUGACCUACAUGUCCAAGAUGCUGCCAUUUUAUCAGGGUUUGGCACAACAGCUGAGGGACCACGAGGCCACCAAAGAAGACUCUAAAUUCCUGUCUAACUUUGAAGACAUCAGUCUUUCCCUCCGAGACCUGGACCAUCACGUGAGUUAUCAGGUAUAAUAAUAAUAAUAAUAAUUUAUUAUUUAUACCCCGCCCAUCUGGCUGGGCUUCCCCGGCCACUCUGGGCGGCUUCCAAAAGAAUAUUAAAAUACUAUAAUACAUCAAACAUUAAAAGCUUCCCGAAACAGGGCUGCCUUCAGAUGUCUUCUAAAAGCCUGGUAGUUGUUGUUCUCUUUGACAUCUGGUGGGAGGGUGUUCCACAGGGAAGGCGCCACUACCGAGAAGGCCCUCUGCCUGGUUCCCUGUAACUUGGCUUCUCGCAAUGAGGAAACCGCCAGAAGGCCCUCGGUGCUGGACCUCAGUGUCCGGGUAGAACGAUGGGGGUGGAGACGCUCCUUCAGAUAUACUGGACCCUGCCCUUUGGGACACAGCUAGGUGGGGCAAAGGCGUCCUUUAUCUUUUGUGCUGUUUUAACACCUUUCCUUGAUUCUCCCUGUAGAUUUUGCUUUGGGGCCUGCCGAUUGAAAACGAGCCUGAGCCAACACUCAAGCCCCUUCGAAUUCUUCAGCACCGGAGUUGGUGGAGGAAUCGCCAGGAAGUGUAUGUCAUCUUGCGCUCCCUCAACAGUUUCCUCUGCCGGGUCACAAGGGAAUUCUCGCUGCUGAGGACUCGGGUGGCUAAAGACACUUCCUUUUCCAAGGCUUCCAAAUCUCCACCACUCCCAGCCUAGAUCCCCAAUCCGCUGUCAGAGAAUGCUGGCAUCCUGGCAUCCAGACCACAACACCUCCCCUACU